CGUAAACGAAGAGGCUAUAAUAUCACACCGUUUCUCCUUAUUUACCUGCAUUACCUCUACAUUUUUUUAAAAAUAUAAUAAAGAUACCAGUGCGGGUGUCUGAAUUUAAAACUGACAUCUGAUGUCACGUAUCAUUUAAUCCAAAAGAAGUUGCCAUUUCAACCCUGCCGUACCGCUCCUGUGCCGUAUUGCAGUCGGUGUUGUUGUCAGGAGCUCCCACUGAGCUAGCUGCAACUUAGCUUCAAGGAUGUGGCUCUUCAACGUCAACAUUUUGGCGUUUUUCUUGCUUUUUGUGGGCCGGUAUGAGACGUUCGCGCUUCAGGAUGUAACGGCCGACCUUUUCGGCGCCGAGAAUUACGGGACGGUGGCGGCGUUUGGAGACUUUCACGCGGAUAAACAGACAGACAUAUUCAUCAUCAGAGAACGGUCCGAGGUGGUGAUAUUGUUGGCUGACCCGAAGCCACCUUACUUCAAGCCCAAACUUCACAUCACUAAGGACACUUUCCCAAAGGGCACUAUCAUCACCAGUGUGGUUCCAGGAGACUACGAUGGAGACUCUCAGAUGGAUGUCCUUCUUACAGCUCAGAUCAGCUCUAAAUCUACAACUGUUUUCAUCUUUUGGGGGCACAACCAGACAUUAGAUAUGAGUGGCUGGCUCACACUGAACAAGACGUUUACAGAUCAGCCUCUUAUUAUGGAUUUCAAUGGGGACAUGAUCCCAGACAUUUUUGGAGUCACCGACGUCCCCGAAGUCUGCUAUCUCACCAACAGGGCUCCAGCAUGCCGUGAUGCACUGAGUCCAACUGUCAAGUUGCGUGUCCCUCACUCUAAUGCCUUCAUUGACCUCAACAAGGACUUCACGGCUGAUCUGUUCCUGACAACAGAAGGGCCUAAGUUUGAGACCUGGAUCAACAAGGAUGGGAACUUCACCAAAGUUGAAAUCAUGCCAGCAGAACCACUAGCUGUGGUUAAGACUGUGGGACAGUCCUCCUUCGUCGACUUCGAUGGCGAUGGCUACCAGGACCACCUCCUCCCUGUGUGUUUGGAUGAAGGCUGUCAACACAGUGCCAUCUACCUGGCCAAGUCGGGCUCAAAAGAGUGGGUAUCAGUGCUGUCGGAUUUCCAGAGGAAGGAAACACUUUGGAGCUUUGUGCCAGGGAAUCCCAGCCAACCCCUGGCCCUGCACCUAGGGGACUACAACCUGGAUGGCUUCCCCGAUGCCCUGGUCGUCCUCCGCAACACCAGUGGGAGUGGUCAGCAGGCCUUUCUGUUGGAGAACGUGCCCUGUAACAGCGCCAGUUGCCAAAGUGUAGGAAGGAUGUUCCACAUCCACUGGGACCAAUCUGAUUUAGGAGCCAUCCAAAAUGCUGUCAUGGCAACGUUUUUUGACAUCUAUGAGGACGGUAUAUUAGACAUGCUGGUUCUAAGCCAGGCAGAGGGCAAAAAUGACUUGAUCAUCCAUGCUUUGAAGAACAAUUUCGAAGCUGAUGCCUACUUCGUUAAAGUGAUGGUGCUCAGCGGCCUCUGUUUCAAUGACUGUCCAGAGGAUGUCAAGCCUUUUGGUGUUAACCAGCCUGGUCCCUAUGUGAUGUACACCACAGUGGACUCCAAUGGUUACCUGAAAAAUGCCUCAGCCGGUCAGUUGAGCCAGUCAGCUCACUUCUCCCUCCAGCUGCCCUACACUGUGCUGGGCCUCGGACGCAGUGCCAACUUCCUGGACCACCUUUUCGUUGGCAUCCCCCGACAGUCUGGAGAGACGGCGAUAAGGAAGCAGGAGUGGACGGCCAUCAUUCCCAACUCUCAGCUGAUCGUCAUCCCUUACCCACACAAUGACCCCCACAGGUGGAGCGCUAAGUUGUACCUGACUCCUAGCAACAGUGUGUUGUUGACGGCCAUCGCGCUGAUCGGAGUGUGCGUCUUCAUCCUCGUUAUUAUUGGCAUCCUCCACUGGCAAGAGAAGAAAGCAGACGACCGAGAGAAGAGGCAGGAAGCUCACCGUUUCCAUUUCGAUGCCAUGUGAUGGAAGAGGACUGCAUCGUGGGAGAACAUCCUCCGCCCACCCCUCACACUCCUUACUCUUUCACACACACAUUUUCAUUCAAGGGCCAAUAAAUGGAUUCUCAUUUGCCCCAAAAUGUUCCUUUUUGAUAUUCUUCAGUCCUCCAGUCAAAUGUGAAAUAUUUAUGUUCCAUUUCAUUAAUUCAUUCCAGUGUUAGAAGUACAGGGGCUGCAACAAGGCCACUGAGGCACAGAAAGAAAUGAAGUUUAAAGCAGGGAUUUCUUUGGACUGGCUGUAGACAGCAGCAUGAUCAUCAGUGGUUUUAUAGAUUUCUGUUGAGACGUCCCAAAAAUGACUCCAAUAGUGUAAGUUGUUUGUUUAUUCACUGGAAGGGAAGCACCUUUGGCAAGUGUUAAAAUGUUACUUGUGAUCCACGUUACUAUGUUUUUUUUGCAUUUGAUUGAGAUACUGCAAAGACGAUUCAGAUGUUAUUACCUGUAAAAUCAAACUGAAUUGUAUUGUGUGAUUAUCAAUUUCAGCCUUGCAACUGCAGCAGCAACUGGUGCAAAAGUGAACAAAAAAACUGACACAUGCUACAUAAUGAUUCUGUGGAACAUUUUCUUUUUCUGCUACCAACCUCACCAAAAAUGAUGAAUGGCCUUCAGGUCUGCCGAGUGCAAAUUCAUCUUUUCUCAGUUGAUUGUUUCACAGUGUAUCAUGGCAGUGCCAAAAAACAGAGUUUGUACUUUGCGUCCUGCAAAUUUCUAAUGCUACUGCUUCAAGGCUUUGUCUUUGUCCUGCUGAAUGACGCAUGGUUUACUCCAGUUUGUUUCGAGAUAUUUUCAUUUACGUUCGUCUUUUUGAAGCUAAUUGGGCGAAGUGCCCUGGUUCGUUCGGGUAUUUAUUUUACAUGAUGAAAAUGAGCUCAUGCCUUUCCAAGUGGUUUGCACUUUUAAACUAACGAUUAACUGAAGGGGUUUGUAAUUUAUUUUGUUUUGAUUUACCAAUGAAUGUUCAUGCUACUAAAUGUGUUUACAUAAUGAGGUUGCGAAUAAACGUUUCUCAUGCUUAAAUCAA